GACUUGUCACCAUCGUCUCUUUUCAGUUUCUAUAAAUCAUCCAAGUCCAGAUCCUUCCCAAAAAAAUACGUAUUCUUUGGGUUUUGACUGAAAUUUUGCAUGAACAAUCCACGUGCCGUCACCCCUAAUCUCUCUUUCUUUAAUUUCUUAUAACUUACGAAAAAAAAGUUGAUUGAAGUCCCUGCCAUUUUCAUUCCCCUUCAGUUUUCUGGAGAAAAUUAAAAACCUCCCUCACCACCCUGAGAAAAAAAGAAGACAAUUUCCAUAAUGAAUUUUAUUUUCGAAACAAAAUAAAAACCAAAAGACCAGAUUCCCAGAGAGAGGGAGGGAGACUGGAAGCAGACAGGCAAAAAGAAAAAAAGUUUGGAACAGAGAAAAGAUUUAUCGAAAGCGCAAAAUAAAAGAAGCCCUGAAUCAAAGGCGACCUAGCACCACCACCGACCCAGUGUCUCUGUCUCUUCUACUUCCAUCGUAACUCUCUCUCUCUCUCCCCUUCUCUCUCUCUGUCUCUCACCGCUUGAAUCUGGUACUUAGUAAUCUUUGUUUUGUGACUUUUGUUUUUAAAACUCUGUUUGUUGCUUUUAGAAAAGAUCCUUUUGUCCGAAAGAAGGUUUAUUGCUGUUUCGUAGAGAUAGUAUGUGAAAAUUUUACUAUAUUUUAAGGAAAGAAACAAUACCCAGAAACAAAAACCCUAGCUUUUUCUCUUCCACACUUGAUUUGCACUACAUUUAAGCUGAUAUCCCGUUUUAGCUGAACCCUAUAUUAUAGAUUAUGGCAUUUGAUCAAAACUCAAUACCGAAAGAUCUAAGACCAUUGAAUGUAGCUAGAACUGUAACUGAAGAGCCCCGCAUUGCGACUGCGGUGGCAGCUACUAGUAAUGCCAGUGGUAGAAAUAUUGGAGGGUUUUUUCCCAACCCAUCUCGGGAGCCUGGGAGUCCUGGUUCCAGGCCUGUUUUUUAUCCAGCAACGGUGACUGAUGCUGGUUUUGUAGGUUUAGGGUAUGGGAAUGCGGUGCCCUUGGCAUCAGGUGUCCCUGCAUGGAGCCCUCACAUGCCGAUGCCUGUGCCAGUGGGGCAUCCAAGUAUGAACCCAGUUGUUGGGGUUGGUUAUAAUCCCAAUUUGAGCAAAAUGGUGGCUGCUGAUGCCGUGGAUCAGGUUAGUAAUGGAGUGGUAGCUGUGCAUGGUUAUAGUCCUAGUUUGGGCAAUGGGAAUAGUGGGAAUGGGAGUGAUCAGGCAAGUAAUGAUAUGGUGCCAACAGGUUUUGAACAUAGUUCCAAUAUGGGAAACAGGGGUAGUGGCGGUGGGAGUGAUCAGUUGAGUAAUGAAUUAAUAGGUGGGCAUGGUAAUAAACCAAAUUUGGGUCUUAGAAGUAAUGGCAGUGGGGCUGAUCAGGUGAGUGAUGAGGGUGGGGAUGAUUCGGUGUCAGGGAAAAAGGUUAAGUUCUUGUGUAGUUUUGGGGGGAAGAUAUUGCCUAGACCUAGUGAUGGGAUGUUGAGAUAUGUCGGGGGGCAGACAAGGAUUAUUAGUCUUAGGAGAGAUGUGAGCUUUAAUGAGUUUGUGCAAAAAAUGGUGGAUGCUUAUGGGCAACCUGUGGUUAUUAAGUACCAGCUUCCUGAUGAGGAUCUUGAUGCAUUGGUGUCAAUUUCAUGCUCAGAUGAUCUUGAUAAUAUGAUGGAUGAGUAUGAGAAAGUGGUUGAAAGGUCUUUGGAUGGGUCAGCUAAAUUAAGGUUAUUUUUGUUUUCGGCUUCUGAACUUGACCCUUCUUGUAUAGUUCAAUUUGGGGAUUUGCAUGACAAUGGGCGGAAAUAUGUUGAGGCAGUGAAUGGAAUUGUGGAUGGAGCUGCUGGUGGCAUCACGCGGAAGGAGAGCAUAGCAAGUGUGGCUUCAACACAGAAUUCUGAUUUUAGUGGGGCUGAUGCUGUUGAUAGCAUAGGUGCUGGUCAAGGGGAUGUUACUGGGCCUCCAUCAACUAACAUGUUGUCACCUAGAGGGAAUUCAGGUACUGCUCAUGACACUGCUACAAAAAUGGUGGAUGUGGAUCCUAAUCCUGCUGUUCAUGCAGAUACUUCUGCUGUUCAUUUAGGAAUUCCAAUGGUUAAGUCUGGUCCCCCUCAAACAUUGUGUUCUCAACCUGAGGUUGAGUCAGAGAGGACGGUGCCCCCUACUUCAAAACAGCAGCAAUUGGGAUAUGAUUUGCAGAAACACUAUGCUUCUACAUAUAUUGAUCCUCACCAUGAAGUUAUGAACCGUACUGAUUAUGUGCAUCUUGCGCCUCAAAUGGAGUUCUCGAAUCCUAAGCUGGUGGGGAAUACUGGUUCUAUAUUCGGCCAGCAGCAGUUUCAUGAUAAUGCUAUCCAUCAUCAGUUCAUUCCUGCUUUGCACAUGACAAUGACUCCUUCCACUUCCCAUGUUGGUAUUAGACCAGCACUGGUUCAGCCACUGUUGCCACUGUUGCAACCCCAGCAAAUACCGGUGGAACGCUAUCCUGAUGAAAGCUCAUUCAGAACUAGGGUAAUUCAGCUUCCUGUUGAUCAGAGCCACAGUGUUUAUCAGGCCCAGAUUCCAUCAGCAAUGGUUGGAGGAGGUUAUGCCUGGCCUCAUAUUCCACAAACUGAGCAUGUUGUCUUCUCAGAUGGAUCAUUACCUCGGCACCAAGUAGCUAUUCCUGAGAAGAUCCCAAGGCUAGAGGACUGCUUGAUGUGUCAGAAGGCAUUGCCUCAUGCACAUUCUGAUCCUUUGGUACAGGACCAAAGAGAUAGUGGUGCAACACCUUUGGUAAAUACAAAUUCAAUGUAUCACAGUCUGUGUCCAGAAGAUGCUAUGAGAAUUUCAUCAGUAAACAGAGUUGUGGUGACUGGACCAUUAGGGGAUGGCAUUCUGGAACAAGGAGCUAGGGUUCGACAGCUUGGUCAUGUUGACCAUCAAGUUGGAGGACUUCAGUCAGAGGCAGUUGGAUUCUCUCAAGGUCUUGAUGCACAAAAUGAACAUGAAAGAAAUAUUUCCCCAAGAAUAAAUAAUUCUGAUUAUCCUAGAAUUUCAGCUAGCCAGGGCUUGAUGGGUUUGGCAGGUGAGUUACAAUCACCAUAUGUUUUGCCGACUCAAUACCAGGUUAAACUGGAGGUUCCACAUACUGGGGCAAUUGGCAUUCAAGCUUCAGAACAGCCAGUGCAUGAAGCCUCAAGAGAAUAUCAUGGCAAGAUUCCUUUUGUGCCGAAAGAAGAUAAUGUAGACCCUAAUCAACUGAUUGCAAUUGAUGGGAUGGAGACUCUUAGGAUAAGCAAUGAGCAGAGGAAUUCACCCGUUGAUCAAACAAGAAAAGAAGAUAUCUUGGAUGAGAGAUCUCCAAGAAUAGCUGGGAGAGAGGUGCUUUUGGAUAAUUUCUUUAGCAAACCAAUGGACUCCAAUGAGAUGGCUAUUUUGGGUAAUGUAGUAACACAUGCACAACCAAAAGCUGGAGCACAAAACUUGGAUUCUAUUGAAGUUCGAUACGGGAACCCUACAUUUUCUGGUGUUGAGUCAGCACAUAAAUUGGAUGACGUUAUAUGGAUGCAGCAGAAGACUGUACAAAAUGACAUUAAAGCUGCUCCUUUGAAUGCUAACACCCAAGCUUCCUUUUCACCAUCCAAUAGAGGUAGAGAUGUUUUGGAUUCCUCCAACUCACUUUUUAGCAAUCAAGAUCCAUGGAAUUUACGGCAAGAUACUCACUUUCCUCCUCCUAGACCUAACAAAAUUCAAACAAAGAGAGAAGGAUUAGCUACCAGAGGCCCUUUUGGAGAGAACCAGGUAGUAAUUAGUGGGGAAUCUAAUACCCAAUUGGAAGAUGACGUUUACCAGCCAUUAAGCCAUUUAAACAAGAAUUUCAGUUCAGACGACACACAGUGCACAAAAGGCUCAGCUGAGGAACUCAUCAAGAAAGAACUACAAGCUGUUGCUGAGGGAGUAGCUGCUUCUGUUUUCCAGUCAUCUACCCCUUUCAGUCCUGACAUACCAGUAGAGAUCAAUGCAUAUGGUUAUGAAGGCAAUCAAGAAACAGAUAUUUCAACUAGUGACAUUGAAAUGCAGCAUAAAGCUAAAUUUGAGGAAGUCGAGACCAACCAGCCAGACAUAAAAAAAUUUGGUUUUCGAGUUUCAGAUGGCAUUGGUUGCUUGCAGCAGAUUAUAAAAAACAGUGACCUUGAAGAGCUGCGAGAGCUUGGUUCUGGCACCUUUGGUACUGUUUAUCAUGGAAAGUGGCGGGGCACUGAUGUUGCAAUUAAAAGAAUCAAUGACAGAUGUUUUGCCGGAAAACCUUCCGAGCAAGAACGCAUGAUUGAUGAUUUCUGGAAUGAGGCGAUUAAGCUUGCUGACUUGCAUCAUCCCAAUGUUGUGGCUUUCUAUGGUGUUGUGCUCGAUGGUCCUGGUGGCUCUGUGGCAACAGUGACAGAGUAUAUGGUUAAUGGUUCUUUAAGAAAUGCUUUACAGAAGAAUCAAAGGAAUCUUGAUAAGCGUAAGCGACUUUUAAUUGCCAUGGAUGUGGCGUUUGGAAUGGAGUAUUUGCAUGGAAAGAAUAUAGUGCACUUUGAUUUGAAGAGUGAUAAUUUACUUGUCAAUCUUCGAGAUCCUCACCGCCCAAUAUGCAAGGUUGGUGAUUUGGGCCUAUCUAAGGUGAAAUGUCAAACUCUGAUCUCGGGUGGUGUCCGUGGAACACUUCCAUGGAUGGCACCAGAACUUCUGAACGGCAGCAGCAGUCUUGUCUCAGAGAAGGUUGAUGUGUUCUCCUUCGGUAUUGUGAUGUGGGAGCUUCUCACUGGAGAAGAACCUUAUGCAGACUUACACUAUGGUGCUAUUAUUGGUGGUAUUGUGAAUAAUACACUACGCCCACCAGUUCGAGAAUCAUGUGACCCAGAAUGGAGAUCAUUGAUGGAGAGAUGCUGGUCAUCAGAGCCAUCAGAGAGACCAAGCUUCACUGAGAUUGCAAAUGAGUUACGCUCAAUGGCUGCAAAAAUCCCACCCAAAGGACAAAAUCCACAAUAAAGCACACAACCAACCCUCAGUUUCAAAAUGAUUUUGCACAAACUGCUCAUUGUUGGCAUCUUCUGUUUCCUUUGCAUGGCAAUAGGACGAAUAGGUCUUAAAUGUGUUGGCAUGAAUGUACACAUGGUACGAAGUCAUUUCCUUUUUUUUUUUUUAUAUAGAAAAUAUAUUUUCUUGAUUGUGUUGCUGUUGCAGCCCAUCUAAUUGAAAAUUGUCUUUAUAUGCAAUUUAUAUUAUUGGGUAAAUAUAUUGAAAUCGUA